AGUAGCUUCAACAAGACUUCCAUGGCGGACUUGUCUGCGCCUCCAAAGGACGACUUGGCACCCUAGAGAUUUGGCAUAUCGAGCGGUCCCCUAUUUUAAUCUGUAGAUUCUUUCUUCAAUCCACACAGGAAACUAUCCCAUCAUUAAUCAAUCCAUCGAUUUACGGCGGUUUAUCGCAGAUUGAGUUCUGUGCACGAAAGCAAAUAUUCGCAGGUAUCGGCUAGAGAACAGAGGGGGCGAGGAAGCAGCCGCGCAUCUUAUCUCAAUCGCCUGAGGUCAGUCAUUCGAAAGUCAAAAUUCUCCUGGCAGGGUUCCGAUUUUGGAUGACGAGAGGCUGAUUAAGUGGGUUACUUCGGAUUUUCUGGUAUAUUUAUUCUCCUCCCUUAUCGGGAGGGCUCUCAUAACAUUACGGCAAUCGAGACUAAGUUGAAAAUGGAUGGCAACAAUUGGCGACCGACCCCGGGGCAGGUUCAGAUGCACGGUCAGAUUAUGGGCGGCGACGCUGUGGCGGCCACCGGCAUGGAAGGCGGCGGCGAUUGGAGGUCUCAACUUCAACCCGAUUCCAGGCAGAGGAUUGUGAACAAGAUAAUGGAAACUUUGAAGAGGCACCUACCUUUUUCUGGACAAGAAGGACUCCAGGAACUUAAAAAAAUAGCCAUCAGGUUUGAGGAAAAGAUAUUUACUGCAGCAACAAAUCAGUCUGACUACUUAAGAAAAAUAUCACUGAAAAUGUUGACGAUGGAGACAAAAUCUCAGAACCCUAUGGGCACUAAUCUUCCUCCUAAUGUUACAAGUAGCAGCAAAAAUCCCCAGGAUACAGGAUCAUCUCAAAGCAUGCAGUCUCAAAUGCCAAAUCAACCUCAGCAACUCCAAAUGCCUGUGGGAUCUCAAGUGAGGCAACCACUGUUAUCUCAGAACAUUCAGAAUAAUAAUCCAUCAGCUGGGGUGCCAAGUUCUGCUGGCUUGGCGUCUGUAUUGCCUGCUGUUCCGUCCAUGUCUCAGGGUACCAUGCCCAAUGUUCCUGUUCAGAAUCCUAACAUGCAGAACAUGUCCAAUAUUACUCCCAGUGCUGUGGGAAAUUCCAUGGGGCAAGGUGUGCCAUCUAAUAUCUAUGGCAAUAAUCAGAGACAGAUGCAGGGUAGGCAACAGCAGGUGGUGAAUCCUGAGCAGCCGCAACAGUCUCAGAAUUCACAAUAUCUCUAUAACCAGCAGCUACAUCAGCACCUUUUAAAGCAAAAGUUACAGCAGGGAGGUGUCACCCAGUCCAUGAUGCAGCAGCAACAGAACCUAUUGCCACAAAAUCAGCUUCAAUCUUCUCAGCAGGGUGCUAUGCAAUCUGCUCUAAGGCAACCAUCUGCUUCAUCUACUCUUCAAAAUCAGCAAUCAUCUCUUCAGCAGCCAAAUCAAUCUAUGCUUCAGCAGCAGCCACAAUCAGUCCUCAGGCAGCCGCAGCAACAGCAACAACAGCAGCAAUCUGUCAUGCAUCAGCCACAAUCCUCGAUGCCUCAGCAUCCAAUGAUGUCUGGUCAGCAGCCCCAGCAGCAGCAGCAGCAGCAGCAACAACAACAACAAAUUAGUGGGCAGCAGACAAACCCUGCAAACAUGCAACAGAACCAGUUAAUGAGUCAACAAAAUACUACUCUUGAUGCACAACAACAUCAGCAUCAACAUCAACAGCAGAGGAUGAUUGCUCAGCAGAACAAUAUAUCCAGCAUGCAGCAGCAGCAGCAGACGAUUAGUCAACAAGGCAGCCUUUCAAGCAUGCAUCAACAGCAGUCCACUGGUCAGCAGAACAUCUCAAAUAUGCAUCCUCAGCAAUUAGGCUCUCAAAACAAUCUUUCGAAUUUUCAGCAGCAGCAAAUGGUUAUGCAACAUGGUAACUCAGGCUUGCAAACUAAUCAGCAGUCUGUCCAUAUGAUGCCUCAAUCUAAGGUUGCGGCGCAGCAGCAAAUGCAACAGAGUAUGGCAAAUAUGUUACCUAACCAAGUUCAACAACCACAGUCACAGCCAAUGCAACAACAGAUGAUGUCACAGAUUCAAUCUUCUGGGCAGCUGCAACAACAAUUGGGGAUGCAACAGAAGGGGUCUACAUUAUCAAGAGACAUGCAGCAAAGGAUUCAGACACCUGCUCCUUUGCUUCAACAACAAACUGCACUUGAUCAACAGAAACAGUUGCAAUCUGAAAGAGGUGGUGCUGCAGAGGGGCCUCAGACAUCUUUGGAUUCUUCGGCACAAACAGGAAAUGUGAAUGGUUCAGACUGGCAAGAGGAGAUAUAUCAGAAGAUAAAAUCCAUGAAUGAGCUGUACUAUCAGGAAUUGAAUGAAAUGCACCAAAGGAUGGCUGCUAAGUUGCAACAGCAUGAUUCUCUUCCUCAACAACCUAAGAAUGAGCAACUUGAAAAACUAAGAUUUUUUAGGGUUAUGUUGGAGCGUCUUAUAAUGUUUCUGCAAACCAGCAAGAGUGAUGUUCAGCCAAGUCACAAGGAUAAGAUUCCUGGAGUUCAUAAGCAGAUUGUCAAUAUUCUCAGUUCAAACAGACCAAGGAAGCAUGUUCCUGGAAUGCAGCAAGGACAGAUUUCACAGGCUAACUUGCAUACUAUGCAACAGUCUCAGCUGCAACAACCUCCUCAAAUGCACACAAAUGAUGGGCAAAUGAAUUCCCAGAUGCAACCAGCGAAUGUGCAGGGUUCUGGGGUGUCUACACAGCAGAAUAGUAUGAGUAAUGUGCAGUACAGUUCAGUGUCUUCUGGUGCUUCAAAUUCUCGUGCGAAUAUGAUGGAUGGACUGCAGCCUGGUUCAAACAUUGAAACUGGACAGGGCAAUGCCAUGCACCAAGUGUCUAUGAGUUCUCUACAGCAAAAUCCUGUGAGUAGUCCACAACAGACGAAUAUUAACCCAGUAUCAUCACAAAGCGGGUUGACAUCACUACCGACAAAUGUUAACCCCCUACAGGCAAAUUCAAAUAUACUUCAACCCCAGCAAAUAAAACAGGAGCAACAGAUGUUUUCAACCCAACAAAUGAAACAGCAGUACCAGCAGCAGCGACAGUUGCACCAACAAUAUCUGCAUAAACAACAGAUGAUCCAGCAACAGCAGCAAACUGGUCAGCAGCAGCCAGCUCAGUUGCCCUCACAGCAGAUGAUGCAGCAGCUUAAUCAGAUGGACACUAAUGAUAUGAAGAGGCAUCAGAUGGUUGUCAAACAAGGAGUUCUUCAGCAGCACAAUUCCUCCAGCCAACGACCAUCAUAUCAUCACCAACAACUUAAACCUGGAGCUGCGUUCUCUAUUUCUUCACAGCAAGGUCUUCAGGCAGCAUCCCCUCAGAUUGGUCAUCAUGCAUCCCCACAGGUUGAUCAGCAGAAUCUUCUGACAUCCCAUCCCAAAUCUGGAACUCCUUUGCAGUCUGUCAGCUCCCCGUUUGUUGUUCCGUCUCCUUCAACUUCAAUGGCACCGUCACCUAUGCCCAGUGAUGAGAAAACUAGUUAUGGUGUUUCAUCGCUGGCAAAUGUUGUACAUCCUUCAACUGCUGCAGCAUCAAUACCAAACCAGUCCCUUGCAAUUGGGACUCCGGGAAUAUCAGCCUCACCAUUACUUGCAGAGUUUACCAGUCCUGAUGGCACUCAUGCCUUCGCAUCUACCAUUGUUCCUGGCAGCACUAAUGUGGUGGAACAGCCACUUGAACGAUUAACAAAAGUGGUGAAAUCUAUGUCUUCUAAAGCUUUAGGCGCUGCUGUCAGCGAUAUUGGCUCAGUUGUCAGUAUGGUUGAUAGAAUUGCAGGAUCUGCUCCUGGAAAUGGUUCGAGGGCUGCAGUGGGUGAAGAUUUAGUUGCUAUGACUAAGUGUCGCCUUCAGGCUCGAAACUUCUUCACACAGGAUGGGCCCAGUGUUUCCAAGAAAAUGAGACGUUAUACAAGUGCAAUGCCAUCUAAUGUGGUUUCAUCUACAGGCAGUGUGAAUGAUAGCCGCAGGCAUUUAAAUGGUAAUGAAUCUGAUGGGGAGUCAACUGGUGCAUCAAGCGUUAAAAGGCCACGUAUUGAGGCUAACCAUGCACUUGAAGAAGAGCUGAGGGAAAUAAAUCAAAGACUCAUCGACUCUGUUGUAUCUAUAAGUGAAGAUGAUGUUGAUCCAACUGCAGUAGGUGCCGCUGCUGAAGGUGGAGAAGGAAUCAUCGUGAAGUGCUCUUUUACUGCCGUAGCACUUAGUCCAAAUCUAAAGUCACAAUAUGCUUCAGCACAAAUGUCCCCUAUUCAACCUCUGAGACUGCUCAUUCCCAAGGAUUAUCCAAAUUGCUCCCCAGUACUUUUGGACAAGUUCCCUGUGGAAGUCAGCAAAGAAUACGAAGAUCUCUCAAUGAAGGUGAAAUCAAGAUUCAGCAUCUCCCUCAGAACCCUCGCCCAACCAAUGUCCAUUGGGGAAAUAGCGAGGACUUGGGAUCAAUGUGCUCGGGCAGUGAUUCUAGAGUAUGUCGAACAAAGUGGCGGGGGAAGCUUCAGUUCCAAAUACGGAACUUGGGAGAAUUGCAUGGCUCCGGCAUGAUUGGAUGGAUCUGCUUCCCCUAAAAUAGAGUCGAUUAUCUGCACAUCUGGAUGUCUCUCUAUUCGAUACACCCCAGGUUGUGUAAAGUAUUUUUCGAACGUCUUGCAUGCGCUUUAUGAUGUUGUUUGUCAAAAAUGCACACCUCUUGACUGUUAUUGUUGUUAUAUAAUUUGUUGUGGCCAUUAAAUUUGUUUUAGGUUCCUUGAAUCACUUGCUCGAAAAGUUAGAAGAAGGUAAGGGGUCUAUAUAAACACUUUCUUGUAUCAAGUCUGAUCUGCUCAUCAUAUAUUUGCAUAUUAUUUUAAAUGUUUCGAAACAUUUACAUUUA